CACAGAGUGCUUAAAGUAAGUCAAAGAUGCUCUGAGAGUCUGACUGUUCGGCUGUUAGAAAAGCGUUAAGCAGGAUAUAAGGAGGCUUCUCAACGUUCCUAUUUGGUCUUUGUUUCCACCAUGUAACCUACAUGUCAGUGUUCUCCUUGUAAUCCAAUUAGUCCAGCCUACUUUCCUCUCCUGCCGUCCUCUCUAAGUAAUACGAUUGUAACUUCUGAGCUGCAGUUAAAGUGCCCACGCUCGCUCUUAUACACACACAGGAGGAGCAAAAGGCGGGAAAGAAGCAAACCGACUCCAAUGGCUUGAGGAAGAGCAGAACCUGGAUUUAUUUAUUUUCCUUUGAGGAGUCGAGGAGCUUCAAGGUGAGGUAAAUAAUUGGACUGCAGCUGCCACAAAGAUUGAAGUCCUUUUAAAUUGGCCACCACCAAAACAAGGCGGCGUUAGAGACACACAUCAGGAGCAAUCGAUCGGCUUCAAAAAGGAACCAAACUGUUGUGAAAAACUUUUUCCAAAUGACAGAUUUCAGCUCUGACCUUCACCCUGAGUCUCCCUCUAAAUCCUGUUUUUUUACAGCUAAGUUGUGCUGCAGCUCAAUUUCAGACAUUUUUCUUCUUUGGUCGUGAAAGUUUCAGCUCGGACUUUUAGUCUCAGAUGGAUCUGGACGAGCUCAGAGUCACAUAAUCUCAUUUGUGGGGUUAUCACUGUGGAUUCUCAGCCUGCAGCGCCCGAUGGAGACAUAGAGGCUGGUGGACUCAGAUAAAGUGCUGAGCUGUGAGGCCUCAGCUUUAUAUCCUAUGUGUUUCUUUACUCACAGUAACAGAGCGUUGCUUCUUCAUCAUGGUGGACCUGUUCUUAGACCGAGUCCUGGUGAAGAACAAUUGGGACCAGGAUCAGCUCAACACGGAGCGGGAGAUCACGGGGAUCCUUGAAAACCGCAUCCUCGUGCUGUUCUUUGCGUGUGCUGAGUGCAAAAAGUGCCAGGACUUCCUGCCUGUUCUCAACAACUUUUUUAAGAGGCUGAAAGAUCCGGCGUUCAUCGAAUACCCUAAACUGCUGGCACUGAUCUACAUCAGCUUGGACCAAUCAGAGGAGCAGCAGGACAGAUUCCUGAAGGAGCUCAACAAGAGGAUUCUGUUUGUGGCCUUCGAGGACCCGUACAGAAAAGAGCUGCAGGCCAUGUUCAAGGUGACAGAUGUACCGACAGUUAUGGUCCUUCGUCCUGACGGCUCCGUCCUCUCUCCAAACGCUGUGCAGGACAUCUGUCGAUACGGUUCAGACUGCUUCAAGAACUGGCAGGAAUCGGCAGAGCUCAUCGAGAGGAGCUUCAUGCUCAACGAGGAGUGCGACAACCUGAAUCUGCGCAGCGCCACAGAUCCUGUGAGGAGGCUCAAAUACAAGACAGAAGACAAUAAGAGGAAGAAGAGGUGGUGGAAAGUGUGGGAGAGGGGGAAAGAAGGGUAUGAAGAGGAGGAGGAGGAGGAGGAGGAGGAGGGAGACCAUGGGAGAUGGAGGAGAAGAUAGAAGACAGACCUUCAUUGAAAUAUUUAAAUAUAUUUUAGGCCGAGCCUCCUGAGCCUCUUAUAUUCUUACAGGGUCACUGCAGCGUCUUUUGAAGAACACUCUCAAACGUUUCCUGUGGAUGAAUAAUCUAACGAGCACAGGUCUCAUCAAUGGUACGAUUAAUAACUUUAUUAUUUAUGUUUUUUAUUGAGUCCUCCUCUUAUGAUCUAUAUUUUAUUAUAAUAAAGAAACAUUUAAAUAGUCUCUCAAAAAUGUAUUUUAAAUGAUUAUACGUGAAUGUUUCUGAGGAGCAAAAGUCUUUUAAAGAUGGUCAUGUGGACGACACGUCACCGUCACCUUUAAAGGAGAUCUCUGAUCCUCACCGUCGCCUUUAAAGGAGGUCUCUGAUCCUCAUCGUCGCCUUUAAAGGAGAUCUCUGAUCCUCACUGUCACCUCGGAUGAGGUCAGUCUGGGACACCUGAUGAGCAGCGUUGACAGAUGUGUAGCUCAAAAUCCUCCUGAUUUAUCUGAUACUGGCUUCAGUCAAAUCCCUCCUUUCAUCCUAUCCCUGCUUCAUUUCAGCUGCUGUCUCUUUAAGGCCCGUCCCCCUCCCCCACAUGCCCACUCUCGUCUGAUUGACUGGGAGGGCGUGUCCUUUACAGAGCUGACAGGGCGGGCAUGUCCUUUACAGAUCUGACGGGGAGGGCGUGUCCUCUGACGGGGAGGGCGUGUC